AUGGCUAGAGAGGCCAUGGAAGCAAAGCUGGCUGAGCUGCCAGGUGAAGAUGGCAAGGAAGAAAUUAAUUACGAAGCCGAGUUUGCCGAAUCUGAUGUUCGCAAUGGGAUUGUAACCUGUGCAGCUAUAUCUCAAGAUGGUUCUCAUGUCGCUCUUGGUUUUGGAAGUGGGGUUAUUGAAGUUGCGGACAUCGACCAUCAACGUACAAUCUCUCGCAUCCAAUGCAAUCCCCCCAAGCCCCCAGUUUGGAUAGAGUUUAUCGGUGGUGGUAAUGUUCAGAUUGCCACCGAGGACAAUGAUGGAAAUAUCUCCAUUCUGAGUCAUGGCAUGCAUUUGGUGCCACUUGGGGCUCUUCCUACAAGUCGUCACCCUGCUAUAACUGCAUUGUCAAUCCCUCGAAAUCAAGAUGAGAAUUGGUACGGAAACGUGGCACUCUUAUGUUUUUCAGGAGAGCCAUCCACUCGGCUUCUCGCAUCUCCUGCUCCUUCCGAUCCUCAAUCUCCUCAACCCCAUUACCACUUAUCCUCUCCUCCACGUCACACAGCUGGAUUCUCUCCUGGAGGCCGAUAUGUAGGCGCUUACGACAUGAACUGCGCUUUCGUCUGGUCAACGAGCACAUGCGAGGUGAUUGCUCAAUAUCGCGUGAAAGAUUUCAGAUGUUGGAUUUUCAAUACUGGCCGUGUACCUCCUCUCUCAUAUCUUGUCCCUACGCCUGUACUUGGUGACCAUGUCGUUCGUUCAAUUCCGGAAGAGAUUGCAAUUCAUGUACAAAGUUCCGAGCCAGAUCACAGACAUAACGCGGAUGAAUCCUGGCUGAAGUGCCCCUUUUAUGACCUCUCGCCAAACAUGGGGAGAGGGAGAGGCUCCGGGAUUAAAGAGGAAAUUAUGCUCUUUUCCUCAGCGAUAGGGGAGGCCCCAUUAAUUAUCGCUAACGGCCUCGGUACCCGGGGUGCACAGGUCUCAUUUGAUGGAAAAGUCGAACUCAUUGUCCACCCCAAGUACCACCCAGUCUUUGAAGACUCAUAUCCCUCCAGCGAGAAGGAACCCUGGUAUGGUGAUCAUGUAUUCUGGGAUCGGGGGCCAUCUUUUCCAUUUUACCUUUCUCGGGCCAGCAAGGAUGGACGUCGAUUUCUGCUCCAGGGCAAACUGAGAGCUCCGGUGGUCAUCGAUAUCAGCAAAGUCGUUUAGUGCCUCAAAUGCAUGUCUAUAAUUUCCUUCCUUAACUGUCUUCCAAUUCACAGAGUAUUGAAUCGGGAAUU